AAAUCAGCUUUUUUUAUAAUAGAGAAAAACGAAACUGUGUCGAACGUCCUAGGCUGCUCUGAUUCUUCUUCAAGUAUUUAUCAUCUUCUCAUUCCAAUCCAAUCCUCAAUUUCCAACCCUACUUUCUAUACGCCCCUUGUUUCAUUUCGCUCAGAUUCAACGGGGGUGAAGGAACCAAAAUGGCGUUCAUUUCGCAGGCAGGCCCAUCUUAUUGUAUUCGCACUGAGGUCACAAGAUGUACAAGUGGACACGCUGGGGUUUUUAGCAUGACAAACAACUUAGAGGCAUCUAGGAUGAAAGAAACUUGUGUUAGUUUCUCGUCCUCAUCACGCCAUUCUGCCAAAGUGGGUCAAAUUUUACAUCUAGACAAUGCAGGGGCAGGAAUUCGAAGAGGGCAUAGAGGGAUUGUUGCUGCUAGCCCUCCUACUGAGGAUGCUGUGAUUGCCACAGAACCACUGACCAAAGAGGAUCUUGUAGCUUACCUUGCCUCAGGGUGCAAGUCUAAAGAAACAUGGAGAAUUGGUACAGAACAUGAGAAGUUUGGUUUUGCGUUUGGAACUUUACGUCCAAUGAAGUAUGAACAGAUAGCCGAGCUGCUUAAUGGCAUCUCUGAGAGAUUUGAUUGGGAUAAAGUAAUGGAAGGUGACAACAUCAUAGGACUGAAACAAGGGAAGCAAAGCAUAUCACUGGAACCUGGGGGUCAGUUUGAGCUUAGUGGGGCACCUCUGGAAACUUUACAUCAAACUUGUGCAGAGGUUAAUUCACACCUCUAUCAGGUGAAAGCUGUUGCUGAGGAAAUGGGAAUUGGGUUUGUAGGAAUUGGUUUUCAGCCCAAAUGGGGACUUAAAGAUAUACCUGUUAUGCCAAAGGGAAGAUAUGAGAUAAUGAGGAAUUACAUGCCAAAAGUGGGCUCACUUGGACUUGACAUGAUGUUUAGGACAUGCACUGUUCAGGUCAAUCUGGACUUUAGUUCGGAGGCUGACAUGAUCUGCAAAUUUCGUGCUGGUCUUGCUUUGCAGCCUAUAGCAACAGCUCUAUUUGCGAAUUCACCAUUUACUGAAGGAAAGCCAAAUGGUUAUCUCAGCAUGAGAAGCCAUAUUUGGACAGACACUGAUAACAAUCGCACUGGCAUGCUUCCCUUUGUCUUUGAUGGCUCCUUUGGGUUUGAGCAGUAUGUUGAUUAUGCUCUUGAUGUUCCAAUGUAUUUUGUUUAUCGCAAAAAGAAGUAUAUCGAUUGUGCGGGGAUGUCAUUCCGGGACUUUUUGGCUGGAAAACUUCCAUGUCUUCCUGGUGAAUUGCCAACUCUUAAUGAUUGGGAGAAUCAUCUGACAACAAUAUUUCCUGAGGUUAGGCUUAAGAGAUACUUGGAGAUGAGAGGUGCUGAUGGAGGGCCUUGGAGGAGGUUAUGCGCUUUGCCAGCAUUUUGGGUAGGUUUAUUAUAUGAUGAAGUCUCACUUCAAAAUGUUCUAGAUAUGACAGCUGAUUGGACCCCAGAAGAAAGAGUAAUGCUGCGGAAUCAGGUCCCAAAAACUGGUCUUAAGACUCCAUUUCGAGAUGGUUUGCUGAGGCAUGUUGCUGAAGAUGUCUUGAAGUUGGCAAAGGAUGGUUUAGAAAGACGAGGGUAUAAAGAAUCAGGGUUCUUGAAUGAGGUGGCUGAGGUUGUUAGAACAGAUAACUUUAUGACAGGUGUAACACCGGCCGAAAAGCUUUUAGAGAUGUACCAUGGGAAGUGGGGAGAGUCUGUGGAUCCUGUUUUUGAGGAGCUGCUCUACUAAAAUAGAAUAAGUUUUCUGCCAUUUUAGUGGUGACCUACUUGUUAUCCUGGGCUGAAUUUUGGUGCAAUCCUUCUGUUUCUUCCAAACUGUUUUCAAAUUACAGUUGUAGGAAUAAAGGGUGUUGUAAAUUCUUGCAUGAGGAUCCUCAUGGAUCUUGCACCGAAUCUAACCAGAUCAAACUUCUGUUGAACUCUGUUGCAAACAAGUAAGAAUUAGUGAAGAAUCCAUGAAAAUGUAAGAUGAACUUAUGAAGUUGUAAUAAGGUUAUUGUUAAUUUGAUUAUAGUAGGUUCUUUUCACUUGCAA